AUGAAGUGGAAAUAUGCUCCAAUGUACUUUGCAAGAUUGGUAUUGCUCUUGGCUCCAUUCUUGAUAAUGAAUCCUAUUGAUUAUUUAAUGCAUUUGGUAAUGUGUAGACUUGUCAUGACUGUAAUCUUUAUGGUGUUUACAACAUUAGCUCAUGAAGAAGGAUGGUUCGAUUCAAUGGUUGACAAGUUUUAUCCUUUCCAAAAAUAUGUGGAUAUUAAUCUUGUUCUUGAAAUUUUGAUUGGAUAUCACGUUCAUCAUGUUAACGAGCAUGACAAUCAUCAUAUUUUCCCAAAGAGAGAUGUCAGCAUGUUGGAACAAAUUAGUGUCCCAAGAAGAAUGGUCAACUUGUUUGCAAAUUGUUUCUCCAAGUUUGUCAAUUAUUCAUUCUCCUAA